CAGAAAACUGGAGGGGUGGAGGAGGCGGGGGUAGGCUCGGCAAAAUGUGCAGAGGUGCCAGACCUCCUCCUGCUAUUUAUACUCCUCCUGCAUGUGCUCACAUUCAAGGUUGAUAGAGAGUGCACGGGCUGGUGUGAGUACAGGAAGUUACAUCAUGAACGGUGGAGAGAUUGCCCUCUUCUGGACUUGGAUGGGUACUAAGUGUGUGAACGUGCGUGUGCAUGUGUGUGUGCGUGUGUGUGUGAAUAGAGGGCCUGCAUGCUCUCUCACAGCUCCUCUCCACCCAUGAAGGGCAGACAAACACAUGCACUGACAGGGUUUGUGUGGCGUGGUGUCGCAGCAAGGACAGGAGAGCCUCCUGCACUAGAGGAAAGCCUGGGGAACUCAGCCCUCUGAUUUCAGCAGCAUGAACAGCAGAGGAAUCUAGAGACAGAGACUGGCAGUCUCUCCAUCUCUCUGCACUCGCUGGCCACCUGCACAGUUGCAUUGCUGUUUUGUGCACAAAGGCAUCAUGGGAAACAUAGUCCAAUGCUGUCACACACUGUCAAACUACUUUAAGUGUAAGGAUGUACCAGCCCAAGGUGAGCCAGAAAUAUCACCACUCCUCUCCAGCGAAGAGAGUGAAUGUGACUCACCGAGUCUGCCAGACAACUUGGAGGACGAUGUGUUGACCGUGUCCACUGGUGUGACAAACCCAACCCUCGAACCUGAACACUUCCUGUUUCCUGACAUCAUCCUCAGCAGCAACAUGGGAGGUGACGUGACUUUGGUGGAGCCGAUGGUGUGUCUGCUGGUCUCUGAGGAGGAAGAGGGAGUCAGGGGGGAUGAAGGACAAGAGAGGCUCGACAAGGGGAGAAACAGGGGUUUUUCUGAAGUUGAGACACAGACUGAAGUGGAGACACAGAUUGGUAUGGGAGUGCAGACGCAGACAGAGUCACAGCCACAAAGAGAAAUACACAUGCGUCAUGAUGAGGCUCUGGAGAGAGAAGUAAAUACACUAACAAAUACUGGCACUACAAACAAGAUGGUUGUUUGGGAAGAGCAUACAGUACUAAAACAGGUGGAUGUGCUCUUGGAAGCAUCAAGAGAUGCACAAACAUCACAGGACAGAUCCUCAGAAAUUGUCGUUAAAGCACCAUUGGAGAAACAACAGAAGAAGACAGACUCUGAAACUUGGUCUGACACUGAUGAUUUUGCUGUGGUAGAGGGGCCACAGAAGGUGGAAAGACAGACAGAGAAAAACAAACUGGCCUUCGAGGGCAAAGACAAAGAAUCUAAACAAGAACAACUGAAAGAGAAACACAUCCAUCAAGAACUUACUGGCAUUUUAUCAAAGCAUACCUCUCUAAAAGAACAAAAUACAGAGUUAAAGCAGGAGUCGAACACUGAUGAAGAGAAUGUCUUCAGGCUGCUACUGAAUACAGACUUCGCCUGGACGGAGCAAAACACUCCACCGACGCUCGAGAACAUUAAGGACAAAGAACAAAACACUGAAUCUGGCUGCACCUUACUGAACCUGAUUGAACACAAUGUAAAUAACAUGGAUGAAAACACAGUUCCAGUGGAUUCACAGAAGAACCUUCAGCUGACAAAAUACAACAUCAAAAACACCGUAAAUAUGGAGAAGUCAGAGUCUGCAGCACCUCCACGUCAAACUGAAGAAAGCCCUGAGCACGAUCCCUCACAGCAGUCUAAUGUUGACAGAAGUGAACAACUUAGCCUCCGAGACGUAGUUGAUCUUCAAGAGACGGGCUUUACUGUCAGAAUUCAACCUCCUGGAGCAGAAAGUUUUGAGCUUCAGGUUUCAGGCCAGCUGUUGGUGGCAGAACUGCACCAGGUGUUGAUGGAGCAUGAGAUCACCUGUCACCGUACAUGCUUCUCCCUCCAGCUGGGAGGGACCACAUUGGACAGUCUCACAAAGCUGUGCUCCAUCCAGGGCAUGCAGGACGGAGCGUUGAUCAAGGUGGUGGAGGAGUCUUACUCGGUGCGCGAUGCUCGUCUUCACCUCAAACAUGUACGUGAUCUUCUCAGAAGCCUUGACCCUGCGGAUGCAUACAACGGAGUGAACUGCAGCUCACUCUCUUACCUCACAUUUUACACCAGAGGGGACAAAGAUAGCGAAUGUGUGGGGAGCAGGCGAGCUUCUGAAAAGGAGUCUGUUGACUUCAGACCUCCAGAAUACGUCCUUCCUGGAUGUAAGGACCGACCACUUGCUCCACUGCAACCCAACAGAGAGGACAGGAAGCCAUUACAGUGUCUGCGGGUCCUGACCAUGAGCAGCUGGAACCCCCCUCCGGGAAACAGGAAGAUGCAUGGGGACUUAAUGUACCUCAAUGUCCUGACUAUGGAAGACAAAGAACUCAACAUUACAUCCUCUACGCGUGGUUUCUACCUCAACCAGUCAACGGCCUUCAACUUCAACCCCAAACCUGCAGUUCCAAAAAUCCUUUGCCACUCUCUAGUUGAGCUGCUGAGUCAAGUCAGCCCUGCUUUCAGGAAAACCUUCAGUGCCCUGCAGAGGAAGAGAGUCCAGCAACACCCUUAUGAGCGGAUUGCAACACCUUUUCAGGUGUUUACUUGGAUCGCCCAUCAGGGAGACCACACCCUGGACUGUGUCAGAGCGGAGGAGACACACACCAGCCGCAUGGGCCAGGACGAACACACAGCUGGGCAGAGUCGGGAUUGGAAUGAGGAGCUGCAGGGCUGCAGGGAAUUCGCCAGGAACUCCCUUCAGGAGCGCCUACACAGAGAGAGGAGCAUUUUCAAGACCAACAGUGACUUUGUUGAAGCUGCAACACGAGGUGCUGUAGCCGUUGUCGACGGUAACGUUGUGCCGUUAAACCCCGGGGAGGUGCCUCAUAUGCAGAUGUUCAUCUGGAACAACCUCUUCUUCAGCAUGGGCUUUGACAUAUCCGAGCACUACCGCCCACUAGGGGGCAACGCUGCUGCUCAUGCUGCUGCAGUAUGUGACCUGAAGGGAACACAGGCCUAUACAUCUGUUGAUACCGAGGGGCUUCACACACUUGGUAUGGCUCUGGUGGACUAUCGUGGCAUUCGUGUCAUUGUUCAGACAAUUGUUCCAGGCAUACUGGAGAAAAAUCAGGAGCAGAGUGUAGUCUAUGGCUCUAAUGACUAUGGAAAAACAGUUUUUACACACCCCAGAUUUCUGGAGCUUCUAGAUAAAACCAGUAAACCGCUGAGAAUCCAGCGUCACCAGGUGCUGGACCACAACAACAGGCCGGUGGAGCUUUGCUCUGGCAUCGAGACCAAAGGCAUCCUGGGUAAUGAUGGAAGACCUUACAUCUUGGACCUUCUACGGACGUUCCCCCCUGACCUUAACUUCCAGUUUUCAGAGACAGAAGAGAGUAAUGAGGUGCCAAAGGAGUGUAAGAGCUUUGGUUACCCACGGCAACAUCGUCACAGCCUGGCCAGCCUUAGACCAGAGCUGAUAGAGGCCUUCGUCCAGCACAGGUAUGAGCUGUACGUUAAGAUGGUGUCCCAGGGACUCGUCCAACUGGAAGACCAGGAUAAAUCCACAGAGCCAAGUGAAGGGCCGGUCUGUGAGCCGAGAACCGGAGAGGCAGUAACGACUGGUGCUGACACUGAUUUUCAAAGAAGAAGUGUGAUUAUGAAUGCUUGUAAGGCUGUCGGAUCAGUCAGCGACUCUUCCUUUGACAUCUCCUUCAAUCCUGAUGUUUGCUCUCCAGGUGUUCGUUUCUCCUCUGAGUGUGCAGCUGAGGUUCAGAAGCAGAGGCAGCUGUUAUGGGACGCUGCUGCUUUUCUACUGUCCAAUCAGAUUCCAGCAGUGCUGAGGGACUGUCUCGACCAUGCUGCAGUGCCAGUGGAUGGAGCGACCCUGACCUCAGCGCUACACCAGCGGGGUGUGAACGUACGAUACCUGGGCCACCUGCUGAGGGAGCUGGACAGUGUGGAGGACAGACAGAGACUCAGCCACAUACUGAGAAUUUCUAUCAGUGAAGUCAUCAUCAGAAGUGCGAAACACGUCUUCAGGGCCUAUCUACAGGAUGUGGAACCUGCAGCGUUCUCCGCUGCUGUCAGUCACUUCCUAAACUGCCUCCUGAGUUCCUCCUCCUGUUUCCCAGACUCCUGCUCAGAUGAGCUACUCUCUCGUCGCAGGAGCCGACGUCGCCGGAGCCACGGGAGUCGUGUUGCCUUGUUGACGGACAGUGUGUGGGCUAGACUGACCCCUGGGGAGCUGUGGGACAGGAUCAGGACUGAGGCUGGAGAUUAUUACCACUACAAAAUAGACAGUGAAAGCAUAGAUGAAGUAAUAGAGAGGCACGGUCUUCAGAAGAGCUCCCUCCUGAGAGAGAUUGCCAUCAAGAUGGGCAUCCAGAUGCAGCUGAGGGAGUAUGCAUUUGAGUCUCGACACAGGCCGGUUUUUGGCGAGGAAGAUGUUAUCAAUAUGUUCCCUGUGGUCAAACAUCUGAAACUUACAGGAACUGAUGCCACGCGGCUUGUGCAGCAAGCACAGGUGGCAGUGCAGCAGGGACAUCUCAAAGAUGGCUACGAAAUGAUCAGCCAGGCCCUCGUUCUGUUCAGCAGUGUAUGUGGGGUCCUACAUGAGGAUGUGUGCAUGUGCCUGCGUCUCCUUGGACGGCUCAGCUACAUCUUGGGGGACUAUGCAGAUGCCCUCAGUCACCAGGAGAAGGCUGUUAUGAGCAGUGAGCGAGUGCAGGGUAUAGACCACCCACAGACCAUACAAGACUAUACUCACCUGGCUCUGUACUGCUUUGCUGGAGGCCAGCUUUUGACCUCACUGCAGCUGCUGUAUCGUGCUCGGUACCUGACCCUGCUUGUGACUGGAGAAGACCAUCCACAAGUUGCACUGCUAGAUAGUAUGCUGGGUCUAGUGCUUCAUGGACUGAUGGAGUAUGAGCUUUCCCUGAAGUACCUACAGAAUGCUUUAAAUUCAACCUCAAAAUACCACGGUGCCACAUCCCUGAAACUUGCACACUGUCAUCAUCUGCUCGCCACUGUGUAUGAGAGCAAAGGAGAGUUUCGAUCCGCCCUGCAACAUGAGAAAGAGGCUUAUUCAAUAUAUAAGAACCAGGUUGGUGAGGACCACGACAGUACGAAAGAAAGCUCAGAGUACCUGAGGAGUCUCACCCAGCAGGCCGUGAUCCUUCAGAAAGCCAUCAACCAAAUCUACAGUAACACACCCAGUGCCUGCAUUCCACCUCCAAAGUUUUCCACACCAAGCCUUCCCACAAUCCUUCAGCAGCUCAACCUGAUAUAUGGCAUCAUUCUCAUUCCCCUCAGUGCAAAGGAAAUUGCAGAAGUAAGGACAGAGUUGCAAGGAAAGGUUCAAGUGGACAAGCUGGAAAAAAAGACCUGAAACUUAGAAACAGUGUGGACACGCACAUAGAAUAUUUGUGUUUUCAGUCAGACUUCUGAACUGCAAUGGCAAAUAAAAGCUGAGCAAAUUGCUGGUUUUAUUGUUAGUGUUGUCCUAUUCUGGACAACAAUGCAAGUAACAAACAGGUCCAGCCCUCUCCUUGUGGAACAGGACUUUGCUCUGCUGUUGGACGUUGAAGACCGGACGUUGAAGCAGGCUUUAUCUAAUGCAGGGCUACCUGCAGACGUGAUGUAGGGAUCCAUAAAUGAACUCUGCAGGCUAUAACUUUGAAGGCAAAUAUGUAUGACUCUUUUGUCAGACAAAUGCAGGAACCCUACAUAUUAAAUAAAGUGUAUACUAAUUAUACUGCUAUAUGAAUGGAAAGGGACAUUGUGUUUAGAUCUACUUCUACUGACAAAAAGAAAUAAAGCAACAGUGUUAUAAGAGUCCAGAUUUCUUAGAUUUUGAAAGAUUGUGCUGUAGUCUUGCAAUCCCCUUUGUGUCCACUGGGUUUCACACUUGUGCCAUAAAACUUCUCAGAGCGUGAAUGUCUCUGUCUAUAUGCAGAACAUGUAAACAUAGUACAGUAUACGGUCUGUGGCUGUAUACAGAGAAUCAUUUUCAUGAUUGUUUUGGAUGUGUACUAGCAUUCCAUUAUAAUUUAAUCCACGUUAUAUGGAUGAAUAUCCAGGUGACUGUUGGGAAACCAUAACCAUCUGAGCAUCUUAUGUCUUCAUUGUACACUAACAACUCAGAUUAGAGACUCACUAAAACUGAAAUGAAGACAUUAGGGUUUGUUAUAAAAUUAUAUUUUACAAAGAUGAUCAACCGACACCAAAUCAGUGACUGACUGUGAGAUCACUUUCAUUUCAGGUAAUAACUGCUAUUUCAUUGUAUAAGUAUAGAAUUAUGAUUUCAUUUGAUUCUGUUAUGGAGUGGAUGAAUGAUUUUUUUAAAUAAUAAAC